UUAAACUGUCAGUGACGUCAUCGCGCGAGACCUUCGCUUGCACAUUGUGGUGGUCGAAAAAUGAGACACAUAACGGCCACCUGCUUUAAAUGAUCGCUUGUACGGCUACUCCGAAGGGAAGUCUGUCUGCUCACCCAACUAACGUAAAUAAUUGACACAAUCAGCAACAAAGUGAACAGUCUUUAAUGUGCAUGUAAAAGCUAAUAUUAAUUAUAAGCAUUAGAUACCAAUUCUUCAGAAAUUCCUGCCUUCACUGCAAAGAAGGGUUCACCAUGAUACAGAAAACAUUUUCCGAAGGUAUAUACCUUGAAAAUGAAGGCCCUACAUCUUCGUCUACUUUUAAAAGUUCAUACAAUGAGAAUGCCGAAAGGUCAUACAUCACUGCUGUAAGUUUGGUUCCCAAGUUAGUGCCAAAGCGAACCUUCUUUGCAAUGAAUGGUGCAUUACCAAAGAUUUCAUCAGCAACAUUUAACAGAUCAUGCAGUUUUUCUAGUUUGUCAGAUGGAGAAAAAUCAUACGAAAGCUCUGUAUAUAUUGAUGAAAAUUCAGAAAUCGAUGAUAUCAAUUAUGAUGGCCCAUUCUACCAAAAUAUUGAAUUAGAGGCACGACUUGUACCUACUAAAUUCUCAGAAACGAUCCAUAGUUUUCCCAAAACAAAUGAUCAUUCAUAUAGUUCAACAUUUAUGUAUGAUCCUUCUCAUGUAAAGGAGCGGUAUUUGGUUGGCUUGAGAGUUGAGAAAGUUAGAGAAGUAACGUUUGCUGUAGAGCAAGAUGAAUCAGGAUCUUUUACAUCAUCCAUGCAACUUGCAGUAGUUGAUGAAGAUAAAUGUGGAAAAAAAGUCAUCAAUGGAGAUUGUGAGUCAUCUGACUUAGUAAAUGGAAUAUAGAAGAAUUGUGAACAUUUUACAAUGCUUUAUGUAUAUAUAUCUAGUAAGAAAUUUUUUUAUACAAUCCAAAAUGCAAAUGCUUCAAUAAAAAUUAAAUAGUUAUAUGGUCAA